GCAACACUUUGAAACAAGCCAUAUUUGUUGACUAUCUUUUUUUUUUUGAAAUUGUACCUUCAUGAACUUUAACAUUUAACAUGCUAAUUGAGGCCCGUAGAGUCUAAAAUGUAGAGACAUCCACCCCAUUGCUAGCACACACCCAAAUCCUCAAGACCAGCAAACUGCUCAAACUUCUGCUUUUAUUGAGGUGCUCACACUUGCUAAUGAGCAACAACCAACUGCAUUUGAUCAGCAGCAUGUAGCUAUUCUUAAUUCCUUAGAAAGCAGUAAGUGUAUACUUAGUUUUUUAUAGGACUGCAUAGUAUGUUUCAAGCUGGUAUUCCUCUCAUCCAUAGCACUGCAUUCCUGUACAUAUUUGCGUGUGCAUUUUUGUUCCCUUACUCCAGCUCCUUUCUUUCGGCCUUGCCAUUGCCUGUUUGUUGACUUCCUGUCGUACAGCAGCUCCCUCCCUCCUCUUCCUCCUUCCCUCCCUCCUCUUCCUCCCUCCCCCCCUCCUCGUCCUCCCUUUUGGUUGGUCUCCCUGUUGCUUGCUAUGCACCCCUCCUCUCUCCUUCCUCCUUGUUCUUUAAUCCCACCCUCACCAAGCCUGUUUGGAUGUCAUCUGUUCUCUUAUGUAAGAGGCAUGGGAGGAGAAUGGCUUUGGUGCUUGGGUGCCAUACGCCCGACCAGGCGGCAUAGUCUUGCUCUCCCUCGUGUGUUGUGUAGUGUUGUCGCCAUUAGCUGCUUAGUGAGAGAGAACGAUUGAACGUGAGCACUGAUGGUUGUACACAGGGAUUCCAGUGGUCCUAGCCACAGGGCUAUGUCCUCGGCAGCCACCACAGCUCCCUCUGUGGACAAAGUGGACGGAUUUUCACGGAAGUCUGUCAGGAAGGCCAAGCAGAAGCGGUCGCAGAGUUCGUCCCAGUUCCGCUCUCAGGGCAAACCUAUAGAGCUCACGCCCUUGCCCCUGCUCAAGGACGUGCCGGCGGCGGAGCAGCCGGAGCUGUUCCUGAAGAAGCUGCAGCAGUGCUGUACUGUCUUUGACUUCAUGGACACGCUGUCAGACCUCAAGAUGAAGGAGUACAAGCGCUCCACGCUCAACGAGCUGGUGGACUACGUGACCGUAAGCCGGGGCUACCUGACGGAACAGGCCUACCCCGAGGUUGUGAAAAUGGUGUCUCACAACAUAUUCCGGACCCUUCCGCCCAGUGACAGUAACGAGUUUGACCCUGAAGAGGAUGAGCCCACGCUUGAGGCCUCCUGGCCACACUUACAGUUGGUAUACGAGUUCUUCAUUCGGUUCUUGGAGAGUCAGGAAUUCCAGCCCAGCAUUGCCAAAAAGUACAUAGACCAGAAGUUUGUCCUACAGCUCUUGGAGUUGUUUGACAGCGAGGACCCUCGGGAGAGAGACUAUCUGAAGACAGUCUUGCAUAGAAUCUACGGCAAAUUCCUGGGGCUGAGGGCUUUUAUACGAAAACAGAUCAAUAAUAUUUUUCUACGUUUUGUUUAUGAGACGGAGCACUUCAACGGGGUGGCUGAGUUGCUGGAGAUCCUGGGGAGUAUAAUCAAUGGUUUUGCUCUGCCACUGAAAGCAGAGCAUAAACAGUUUCUGGUCAAAGUGUUGAUUCCCCUCCACACUGUCAGGAGUCUGUCCCUCUUCCAUGCACAGUUGGCGUAUUGCAUUGUACAAUUCCUAGAGAAAGACCCAACAUUAACAGAACCAGUCAUCAGAGGCUUACUGAAGUUCUGGCCAAAAACCUGCAGUCAAAAAGAGGUGAUGUUUCUAGGGGAGCUGGAGGAGAUUCUGGACGUCAUCGAGCCCACACAGUUCGUCAAGAUCCAGGAGCCGCUUUUCAAACAGAUCUCCAGAUGUGUCUCCAGCCCACAUUUCCAGGUUGCAGAGCGAGCUCUUUACUACUGGAACAACGAGUACAUCAUGAGUUUGAUUGAGGAGAACUCCAGCGUCAUCCUGCCCAUCAUGUUUGCCAGCCUCUACAGGAUCUCCAAAGAGCACUGGAACCCGGCAAUCGUGGCGCUGGUAUACAACGUACUGAAGGCCUUCAUGGAGAUGAACAGUACCUUAUUUGAUGAACUCACAGCCACUUACAAGUCGGACCGCCAGCGUGAGAAGAAGAAGGAGAAGGAACGGGAGGAGCUGUGGAAGAAGCUGGAGGACCUGGAGCUGAAGCGGGGCCUUAGGAGCGACGGAAUCAUCCCAACUUAACAAAGACAGCGCCGCGCUCCCCUCUGUCCCUCCCCUGUCCUACUGCUCCUCUCCUCCUCCUCUCCCCAUCCGACUCCCCGCUCCUCCUCUGCCCUGAUCCCGACUCUCCUGCCCUCGACAUUAGCCAUGUCUGCCCAGAGCUCCUGAUACAGGCUGUCGUCUCUGGAUCGACACAGAGCGCUCGCUGGUUUCUUAAUUUUCUUUCUUUCUUUUUUUUCUUAUGCUUUUUUUUUUUCCUCCUGUGUUUGUGCGACUUACUUUACAGUAGAUUCAUUACGUCUGUUUUCAUUAUUUCAACAGCACUGUAAAUAAUUGUUUUUUUUUUCUUUUUUUCUCCCUUAAACUGAUAUUAUUGCAAAUGGAAAAACAAAACAGUAAUAAUAAUAAUAAAAAAGGAAGAAAAAAAUAGAAAAUGAGAAAAUCACUUGUGUGGGAGGGGAAUUUAAACAAGGAAAAAAAACUUUUUGGACUGUAGGACAUGGAAUGAACUCUUGGAAAAUAUUAAAAAAACACAAAAAAA